AUGUACCGCAAACUCAAGAUCGCCGGACUCAUCCUCGCCAUAUUCCUGUUCGUAUCAUACCACCGUCUUCAUUGCUCGAUAUCGGAACCAUCAGAGCAGCCACAGCGAAGAGAUGUCAAGCUGGAUUUCAAGACUGAAGAGGUUUGGGUGUUUGAAGAAAGCGUCCAUGAUGAAGUCAAUGGCGCCAUAGCAGUGGGGCUUCAGGCUGCCAAAGUAAUGCCCACCUUUGCUUGCCACUUUCGACAUGAGUUUUCGACCAUUUUGUCAUCUAUCGUGAAGGAAGAACCUACAGUCGUCAUACCCAACGGGCCUGAUUUUCACAAAGCGCUUGCUGAAGAUUCCAUUGACAAUGUCAUUCUGACCACUUGUUUCAGCUCGUUGCAACGACACAAAGCAGCUAUCUAUGCCUCCACUGCCCAUGUCGUCUGCCUGAUACACCAUUCCAGCCCCCACGUCUACCACGAGCUCAAACCCUUGAUGGAGCCCCUGGCAGAGCAAGGCCGCCUAUCAAUAGUGGUGCUUGGCGAGCAUGUCCGGGAGAGGAUACAGGCGGAUCUCAACAUCUGGACCGAGAAUAUGGAGAGUACUGUGUGGGAGAGUGUUCCUGUGGAGGUCAUGCUCCCCAUAUUCGACUACCCUUCUUCGUCUGACAGACCAGAGCCCGCCAUCUUUCCCAGUCGAGCCAUCGUUCAAGGCAACAUUGAGCCCGGAAGAAGAAACUACGAGAAGCUGCUGUCAGACCUUCGAAAGUCUUUACUGAAAUCACCUGCCAUGUGGGGAUGGUAUGGAUUGGAAGGAUCCCCUCUUCGCCCUCUCCUUGACAGCUCGCCCUUCACCUUGCACCUAGUCGGCCAGAUCAAUCAACAACAUCCCGUCGUCAUCCCAGUAGAGCUCCGAGAUGUCGUGCAAAUACAUUACGACCUUCCAUACCCCGAAUUCUAUCAGCUUAUUUCCGAAGCUGAUGUAAUGGUCCCAGCAUUCAGAGACAGAGGACCCUAUGAAGAUACCACCUCCUCCUCGAUAGCCGCAGCCGUAGUCACCAGGAUCCCCGUCCUCGCCAGCGCCCGCCAUCUCCUCGCAUACACAUAUCUCAAGGGGCCAAGCAUCAUUCGAAGACUGAUAUCUACUUCCGAAGUAUCAGCUCUGGAGGCUAUCCGAGCGCAAGGGCAGCCGAGAAGAAGGGAAAGCAAGGAAGAAUGGAAAGAGUUCCAGGAUGAAAUCAUCCAGGAUAACGCGGAAAUGUGGGGGAGGAUACUGAAGCAUCGAUCGUACGGUGGAGUGAAUGGGGGCCAAAAGUAA